AUUCCCUGCUGACAUGUUCAGCUGGCAAAGCGUUUUCUGUUCAUUUUGUCCCUUCGUGCUUCCCUUACCAACAGCAGCGCUUUACACCAUGACGGAGACACAGGCAGAGAGGGAAGCUGUUUUCUGUGUGUCCAUCCCUUUUAACCCAAGAUCUCCAGUAUCUCCUACCGUUACACUUGGACUUCACUUUAGAAUGGCUCAAGACGGUAUCAGAGCCUUUGUUGUGACCUGCGGGGAAACGCUGAAUUCCCACCAGGACUUUCUAGAUCAUCUCACACUUUCACCCAACUUCCGUACAGUGACCUCUGUGAAUGACAGUAAUGUCAUCAUUGCUUUUGUCCUGUUUGACUCUCAAGCUGGAAUUGACAUUGAAGCAACUCGUCAGAAGAUUAGAGCAAUCUCAGCCACCCAGCCUAUCAUUUUUGUGAUGGUCCACUUUACUGCAGACCAAAGGCUGCUGAGCUGUCGCAACAACCAGACGCUGAAAGCAAUGAGAGAGUAUCUGGGACUAGAGGAUGGACGUCCUCCCAUGAAGCAGUGGCCUUGGCAGCUGCUUUUCUGGACACCUGUCUUGCUGAGCAGCAUCCUGAUUUACUGCUUCAGCGCUCCGAAGUACAAGCCGCUUGGUUUAUUCCUUGGAUGCUCCAUCUUUUGGUGGUUUUCCUAGAGAGGCGUGGCUACGGAAAGUGGAAUCCUCUGAUUAUUGUUAUUGUGAACAUUGGUAGUGAUUCUACUCUCCCUCACUGUCACUAAGAACCAAGGAACCACCAGGAUCCCCCACCUCUUAACCAGUCUAGUGUCUAAAAGAGAGAAAAUGACUCCUGCUGGUGAACUCAUAUAACCCCAUAUUUUAUACAUAAUUGACAUUAAUGUAUGUAAGUGAUUGAACAUUGUUGUGUGGGUGAUGGUGUAGGCUGGAGGUGUUCAGCAGGUUGCUGUAGGUUUGUUUUCCAGUGGGCUCUGGACUUGCUGAGGUGCAGUCCAGAAGGCUUCACCUCAUCCUCAGCAUCCCUCCAUUUGCUGCACUUCCUGACUUGGAUGGAGAUUUGGAUCACCCCUCAGAAGUCAGCAACUCCAACAGCCCUAUCCUCUGCCUAACUUCUCCCUUUCUCCAAGAUAGACUGGCAGAAGUGGUAGAAGCUUUUGCCUAGAAACUGGCAUUUUACUCCACUUUAAUUUUAUCAUCUUUCACUUUCCUCUUUUGAGUAAUGGACUGUUACUGCAUUUGUCCCCAUUAAACUUCAUAUCAUUGUCACUCAACACCCUCUUUGUCCUCGAGGCAACUUAAGUUGACUUAGACAUACUUCUGAGUCUCUUCCCCAUCAAUGGAACCCACUCUUUCUCCUUGGUGACUUUGACAAUUAAUCGGACAAGCUGCAGUCUUCCUGCCUCUUACUACUGCCAUCAUCUGACCUCAUCUUCAAGCAGUUUCCUCACAGGGCAGGCGAAGGUCUGGACCUGAUAUUCAGCAGACCUACUCCUGUGAUGGAUAUCGCAGUAACCCCAGAUCAUCUUUUUCUUUUUUUGGACUCCUGUCCUCAUAACCCCUCGUGUUCUUCCUUCAGUCAGUGCACCCGGCACUCCCUCGUCUCUUGCUUCAACUAUCCUAACUACCCUUCCCCACCCUGGCUCAUUUUCUGACUUCGUUUUCUCCUCCAGCAAGCCAGCAAGAUCCUCCUUGCAUGCCUGUUGACUGAAAGCAAACCUGGGCAGCAGCUGGAGAAAACUAAGAAAAUCUGACAGAAGAUGGAGUAAAGGAGGGAAGCUUCUGGCGAUUAUCCAGAGAUCUCCAAAGACAGACCAUAGUUAGAAAGAUCAUAUAUUCCCCAAGUAGGAUACUACUUUUCAUUGGUUAACAGAGAACAGAAGUUACAUCUAAAGGUGAUGUUAAUAAACAUGAAAAUUAGACUUAGUCAUUCAAAUUUACACCGUACGGUGUGCAUUAGAGAGACAUUACGUUGCAGUGGCUCAGAGCAGAUUGGGGAGAAAAGAAAAACAAGUAAUACAACCCCAAUUCCAGUGAAGUGGGGAUGUAUUUAACUGUGUUGAAAUAAGCAUAAUUGCUCAAAAGGCAUAAGGAUGAAUCUAAAUGUGACCGUGGCCGAGAGGUAGCGGGAUGGUUUUGUGUCUCAGGAGAUAAGUGGAAGUGACCUUGCUAUGAGAACAGAAACAGAGUAUGAAGAUAAGAGGCAGAGAGAGAGCCGUGGCACCUAGCCACAAGGCUACGGGUCGGAUCUGGAUGUUCUCGCUGGCUGUUCGCAGUGAACAGGUCGUAUAAGAUAAAAAUAUAAGAGAAUGGUGUACAAUUGAGAAUAAUGCUGACUAAUGCUGACUAAUGCUUACUGCCAAGAAAGGACCGUAAGGGCGGGGGAAUGACAGAAGGGCUAUACUGGGGAUGACUAUAAGAAGCACAACAGCUAGGAAAGAUAUAGGAAAGGGAGAGAGAAUCUAUUUUUUGUCACAUUCGCUUUUUAAUAAACUUGUUACUCACUUUGC